AUGGCGAAUGCAAGAACACUAAGAGAGUUGGCUGCUUCUGAAUUGCCCCAACAACCUUUGUGCAUCACAUUUCCAGCUUUGGCUGAAAAUACCUCAUUCGAAUUGAAGUCAGGAUUGAUUCACCUCCUACCCAUGUUCCAUGGCCUCUCAGGCCUCCAGACGUCUGAUAGAAGCAUUAUUGAUGCUGCGAGUGGAGGAGCAUUGGCGAACAAAACACCAAAGGAAGCAUGGUUGCUCAUUGAAUCAAUGGCGAAAAAUUCUCAACAGUUUGAUUUCUGCGAGAGUAACCCUACCCGUAGGGUUAACGAGGUAGAGAUGUCGUCCAUUCAGCAACAGAUAUCAGAGCUAACAUCUUUUGUUCGACAAUUAGCUGUGGGAAACAUGCAUCAAGCUAAGGCCUGUGGAAUUUGCACAUAUGUGGGCCACCCCACUGACUCAUGCCCCAUGUUGCAAGAGGAUGGGGUUGAACAAGUAAACAUGGCCAGAGGCGUGCCCGCAUCUCGUAGGCAGUGCGAUCCAUACUCCAACACGUACAAUCCAGAUUGGAGGGAUCACCCUAAUUUCAGCUAUGGAAACAGGUCACAGAAUUCAUUUUCAAAUCGUCCACCAGGGUUUCAACAACCAUGGCAACAGAAGCCUCAACCUUCGUCCUCCAAUUCAGGAGGCUCUUUGGAGGAUAUCGUCAAGAGCCUGGCCACGAGCACUACUCAGUUCCAACAGGAAAUUUGGUCCUUGGCCACGAACACUGCUCAAUUUCAGAAGGAAACUAGAUCGGACAUGAAAAAUCUGGAGACUCAAAUAAGUCACAUGGCAACUGCAAUUAAUCGUUUAGAGUCCCAAGUUUUUGGAAAAUUGCCAUCGCAACCAGAGACAAAUCCUAAGAAUGUAAGUGCCAUGGCACUGAGGAGUGGCAAAGAAGUAGAGGGGCCUAAGGCCACGAACCUAAAGAGCAAAAGUGAAGAAGAGAUCGAAAAGGAGAUUGAAGAAGAAGGGCGCAUUCGCGACCCUAAGAUAAAAUUUACUCCUUCAGCUCCUAUUAAAUCUAACUUACCUCCUUUUCCUUGCAAGUUGGAAAAGACAAAGAAGUAA